ACGAUCGCAGCUCGUCGGAUAGCGUCAUCUUGUUGUAAACACUUGACCGUCGGACAGCUGCCGGCCAAGCACUCCCUCUAUCUGCGUUCUAAGCAAAGUUGAUAAAGCGUCGGACAGGGGCAGUGAAUUAAUCCUCCCGGAACCGUCUUAGCGCGCGGUCGAAGUUCUUUUGCAUAGUACGGCCGUUCUGCUUUUUCGAAUGGAAAGUUUCAAGUGGUGUCUGCUGGUGGCGGUAGCCCUGACGUGCCAGUUUGGGCUCGCCCUCGGCCAGGAAGGUGUGAAAACGUGGCGCAAAGGUGGCGGUAGUGUCGGUGGUGUUAAAGGUUCCCACGGUCCAAGCGAUCCGGCACUCAAUGGAAGUGUUGUACCGAUGGAAGUGAGGCCCGGCCAGAACCAGACUUCGAUGAGCCUGCACCGCUCGAAUGAUUCCGUCAGCGCAUUCGAUCGGUUCAUGAAUAAAACAAAGGGUGAAAUUCCGAGCGGAGUGUGCUUCGAGGAGAUACCGACGGUCUCACUACUGAAGGAUAAUCAUCGUGGGGACGUCCCACUUGGGAAUGGCUCCAAUCCAUCGCUGAGCCGCGUGCAGGUGUGUUGUCCCGGAUACGAGCGUAAUGUGCACAACUUCCGCAAGUGCGAACCGGUGUGCGUGGAACCCUGCCAGAACGGGCUCUGCGUUGGGCCGGAAACUUGCCAGUGUUACCCGGACUUUGUGGUGAACCAGCGAGGCCAAUGUGUACCGACAUGUCCGAUCGGAUGCGAUCAUGGAGUAUGCGAACCGGGAACGGGAGUAUGCCGUUGCAACGAGGGAUACGAGCUGGAGCAACCUGGCGGGAAGCUGUGCGUACCGAAGUGCACCGGAGGCUGCGGAGAGGGUCGCUGCGUCGACGUGGAGCGUUGUGAGUGUAAUCAUGGAUACGGUUUUGAUCCACAGCUUAAAUGCGCUCCAAAGUGCGAGCGAGGUUGCCUGGGUGGAACAUGCGUAGCGCCUAAUGUCUGCACGUGCAACGCUGGAUACGAGCAGACAGACACAGGCUGUGAACCCGUUUGUUCUAAUGGUUGUUUCCAUGGUGUAUGCACCGCACCGGAAACGUGCACCUGUAAGCCGGGCUACAAGAUGUCCACCGAUGGCCAAUGUACGGCGUCCUGCGAUCAGCCGUGCCUAAAUGGGGAGUGCACUGGACCGAACGUUUGCAGCUGCAAACGGGGAUACACCCUGGACGAAGUAAACCCUUUCCACUGCAUCCCACACUGUGCCAACGGAUGUCCCAACGGAGUUUGCUCCGGUCCGAACAUGUGCCUCUGUAACGCAGGAUACGUGAAGGACCGUUCGCUAAAAGGAAGUCAGGCCUGUGUGAAGCGCUACGAUACCGCAACGAAGUCGUAGGCAGGGAAUCCCGAUAACAGCACGACCAUAACGCAACCAUCUACCGUGCUUAAAUUCGUCGAGUAUGAUACACUCCUUGCGAAACUUUGCGGUCCAGAACGACUUUGUUUGAUAACGAUUAUCGCCAUGUGAAAUGCACUUU